CAGAUGGCAACGAGCAGUUGAUAGCUAGUCUAGAAUUGGGAAUCUUUUAUUACAUUCAAUUAUAAUAAGAGUAAGACAAAUACUUUCUCUUCCAAAUUCGUUGCUCCUAUUCAUUGCGACUACUAAGGCGGAUUGCUGCCAUGCAACAUUGAUCGAAGCUUCGUCUGGCGACAACAUCAGCUCCAUCAACAGGCCAUCUCAAGCAUGUCAGCAACGACGAAGGCCCUACCGGCUUGUCAGACACUGCGUCUGCAGUUUGUCAAGAAAACACCACAACAAUGUCAACGACGAGCAUUCUCGCGGUCCUAUACACAUCGUUCUGCAGCUUCAGAUGCUGAGAUUGAUUCAGCACGACGAUACUGCACAGAUCUAGUUCGAAAAUAUGACCGCUCUUCCUUCGUUCUUAGUACCUUCAUCCCGCCGCAAUCACAGACCUUUUAUCUCGCCCUACAAGCGCUGAACAUCUCCCUGUCAAUGAUCCCCGACACAACAUCCACCUACACAAUUGGCCUAAUGCGCCUCCAAUUCUGGCGUGACACGAUCACUCGUACAUUAUCCGGGUCACCACCAAAGGAACCCGUCGCUGUGCUACUAGCAGCUGCCAUCGACGACCUGCACACCCGCACAAAGGGCCAGGCACGGCUCAGCAAAGGCUGGUUUAUCCGCAUGAUCAACGCGCGCGAACAAUCAUUAACAAAUGCACCAUUCACGAAUUUAUCCGCUCUCGAAACGUACGCAGAAAACACUUACUCCACGUUACUCUACCUGACCUUGUCAUCCUUCCCCUUAACCUCGCUUACGGUCGACCAUGUGGCGUCGCAUAUCGGCAAAGCGGCGGGAAUAUCAACAGUGCUGCGCGGAUUACCGCUCGUUGCGUUUCCCCCGCCGCCCAGCCAUCAUGCGAACCAGACGGAGGCGUUGAGCGGGGGUCGAGGGCAGGGCGCGGUGACAUUGCCGCUGGAUAUCAUGGCGCAAGCAGGCGUCAAGGAAGAAGACAUAUACCGACAAGGCGCCGACGCUCCGGGGUUGAAAGAUGCUGUGUUUAUGGUUGCGACUCGCGCGAAUGAUCAUUUGAUUACGGCGCGGCAGAUGCUCACGAAUUUGCGAGAGGGGCAGGAUGUUGGGCAUGACUUUGAACAUCAGGGCGAGGAAGGCCAUGAGCAUGCGAAUCAGCAUGAGAAACAGAACCAGCCGUCAUAUGAGACUCAGUUGAGAGAGGUGGAGAGAGGCUUUGGGGCUUUGAUGCCUGCUAUACCUACACAACUGUGGCUUGACAGGCUUGAAAAGCUUGAUUUCGAUAUAUUCAACCCUAAGCUUCUGCGAUCGGACUGGAGACUUCCCUGGAAAGCGUAUCUUGCGCACCGGAAUAAGUCUUUUUAA